AAAUCGCAGAGGAAAAAACAAACACAUACACGCAUACACAAACACAUCUGUUGCCUUGUUUUGUAGAUAUUAACCAUACAUAAAGAAACGUGAUAAAACCAUGCAAACUGCUGUCGAUUGCAAUGGCAGCGGCAGCAAUAGCACCACCACCAUCACUACCACCCAAACGGAAACGGGAAAUGAAACACCGAUGACGCAGCAUAUGCUGGUACAAAGCAGCAGCAGCACCACCACCACCACCACCACUAAUACUAAUACUAACACCAGCACCACCGAUGAUCAUGCCCACGAAGCACCAGCCACAAAUGUGUUGAGGCAUCGCAUGACAGCCCACAAUAGCAAUGCCAAUGGUGAUAUGAAAGCACCAAAAAAUGGCCUAACACAUCUUAUAGAUGCAAAUGAAUAUUUAAACGAUUGUGUGUCCUUGACACCAGCAGCAGGCCCAACAGCAGCACCCACAACAUCAUCCUCAGCCGCCCAGGCUACGCCUUCGAAGAAAGAUAAAUGCAAAACCACUUCCGAAUAUCAUGAUCCCUUGGAGGAGGAGUGUGGCAAGAUGAAGGCCUCCACCUCCUUCUCUUCAUGCUCGUCAUCCACAUCAUCCUCCCCCUCGUCAGCAUCAUCACAAGCGCCAUUAAAUGCAACUGCAACAUUGCCACCGGAGUCAUGUUCAUCGAAGACCACAUCGAAUUCAACAUCAACGACCUCAUCUGUGAUUGCUAAGCCGUUUGCAAAACGUAACGGCAAUGUCGUCGUCUGCAAGGACCCCGAAGAAGACAAUACUCAAAUACAAAGUGCUCAAGGUGGCAAAGAGGCUGCCAAAGAGGCUGAAGAUGUUCGCAGCUGCGGUGAUGGCGGUGGUGGUGGUGGUGGUGUUGAAAGUAUUGCAGGCGAUAGCUCUCAGCCGGCAAAAGCCAAACCGCAAUUAAUAACAAAGAAUCAAAUGCUUCCAUUUGACAACACCACUUCCUUGGCCUCGUCCUCGUCGUCGUCGUCGUUAGCUAAGCAAAAAGAGGAACUGUCUUCUGGUCCACUACCAACAACAAUGACAAUGUCUUCAUCUACUACCUCAUCGUCAAUUAAUUCGAUUGCUUCAAAUGCCUCCUCCAGGGCGUCAUCGGCUGCCUCAUCGCCGUUGUCGUCCGUUGCAGCAUCCGCGUCUUCAUCCACAUCAACUUCCUCCAUUACACCGCCAGCUUCAGCCGCCAUUACACCCGCCUUACUCUCACCGUCUUCUUCGAGCGCUACCUCGAGUGCAUCCUCCUCGUCGGCGCCCUCGGUUGCCUCAACACCUUCGCCUGCCGCUGCCUCCAAUGCCACGGCCACCAAAGGCUUCUCACUCUAUGGCGAUUGUGAUGCCGAACUCUUGCAGUGGCAGGAUAUGCCCCAGUAUUUGCAAUUUAAUCCGUACGUUCUCAAAGGUUACCGUCCACUACAAACAUUCAAGGGCUGCCUCUUAAGUCUGUUUUAUUGGCACAACGAAACAAUUAACAUAUUAACUCAUGCCAUACCAAUAGUUUAUAUAUUGGCCAUUGUUCCUGGCCUAAUGCCAUGGGAUAGUGGCUAUCGUUUUCUUUCAUUUUGCCAUGUUUUCGGAUCGGUGGCACCAUGGUGUGGCAGCUUUGUCUAUCAUCUUUUCAUGAACAUCGAAAGAGGUGAAAAUGUCUAUUACACGUUGCUGAAAUUGGAUAUGGUCGGAAUUUGGGUCAGCCAGAGUUUUGGAGCUCUGCCAUUGGUUACGGCCACCACAUUCUGUUUCUCCUCCAAAUGGAAAUGGCUAAUUAUAUUAUCAUAUUGCCUUUUCUCGCUGUGGGGUCUUUAUAAGGCCCUUACAGCAAGUUCACCUUGGCAGCGUCGUUUAUGCUUUGCUUUACCCUUUACCAUGCGAUCGCUGUUGACAUUUUUCCGUACCGCAGGCGUGGUGGGUGGCAAUCCGGUUGCAUUGCCUCAUGUCUUUCUGCAGGAUGCUGUAUCAGUAAUUGGCGGUGCCAUUGGAGCAAUGCGUAUACCCGAAAAAUGGUUUCCCGGUUUGGUUGAUUACUAUCUCAAUUCACACAAUAUAAUGCACGUUUUAGUUGUUAUAGCUGUGUACUCAAUGCAUAUGGCUACUGUUAAAGAUUUCGAAUGGAUGUCAAACACAAACUGUGAGGCCUUUACCAAUGCAACCAGUAAAGUAUUGGAGUCCACCUUGAAUUCCAAUGUAGAACUAUGACCAUUUGAUUUGAAUACCUUGUUGAAUUACUACAAUCGUUUUAUGUUCUUAUUAAGUUUUAAUAGUUGAAAAUAUCGACAACCAAUACAACAACAACAACAGAAACAACGCAAUGAUUAAUUUAUCAAAAAAAAUUAAAAGUAAAACGAUUUUUUGUUUUGAAUUUUUAUGGAAAAAAAGACAAUGCUAAAAAGUUACAAAAAAAUAAGAAAAAUUAAAAAAAAAACUUCUCCCCCCAAAAAAAAAACAUGUUAACAAAAAUGAAAACAUCAAAGACAAAUGAACAAAGAACAAAAACCAAGAAAAUAAAAACCAAAAAUAAGUUAACAAAAAAAGAAACAUUUAGAAAGAAGCAAAUUAGUAAAGAACAAUAUUUCUUAAUUUAGAACAAAUACCAAAAACAACAAGAACAACAUUAUUUUGCUCCUCUCCUUAGAAAAACAAAAAUUUCCAACAAAAAAAAACGUAAAAGAAAGUUUCAACAUAUUUCAGAAAAUGCUAAAAAAAAACAAACAAAAAUCUUUAUAGAAUUCAAAUUUUUAAAAAAGGAAAAUCAUUUAAAGAGCAUUGAAUUUCAAAACAUUUUGUAAAAUAUUCAAAGAACAUUUUUAAGAAUCCAAUAUCACGGAAUAUAGGAAAAAGAGCAAAAUAAGGCACUUUUACAAUACGAAAUGCUCGGAAAUACCCAAAAUCACAAACAUUUAUAGAUACAUAUUCAAUAUAAGUUAUGAUUCCUUGUAUUUUUUCACUCAACUGAUAUUUGCCACUUUGAAAAAAAUAUGGAAGAUUGCACGAUUCCCAACAUAAACUUUAGGCUGUCGGUACACCACGUACUGCUAAUUGUCUUAGCUAGUCUGUGAAGGC